UCGCAUGCUCGGCUCCGUAAAAAUUUUAAAAUCCUUGUUUAUGAGCCCCUCUAAUGGUUUCGAAUUCUCAACGGUCACUUCAAGAGACGGUACCAGUAGUUCUAGGGUUCAACCAAACCGGAGAAAUCGGUAUUCGCCAUUCUCAGUUACAGCAAUGGAGAGCCGUCAACGAACCAAGAAAAGGACUGUUAGACAGCUGAAGAAGACGCAGAACUUGGAGACACAGCAAGACGACGGAAAAGAAGUGGGGGAUAUCGAAGACAUUGCGUUCACGAGUCACGAAACCCUCAAAAUUAGGGCAUCUAUGUUAGACUGGUACCACCGCAACCGGAGGGAUCUACCCUGGAGAAGAAGAAACAGCAAUAGCUCUAAGAACGAAGAAGAUGAAGAAGGAAGGAGAGAGUAUGCGUAUAGAGUUUGGGUAUCUGAGGUAAUGCUGCAGCAGACAAGGGUGCAGACUGUUAUUGACUACUACAACCGUUGGAUGGUCAAAUGGCCCACCCUUCACCACCUCGCCCAGGCCUCUCUUGAGGAGGUGAAUGAGAUGUGGGCAGGAUUGGGAUAUUAUAGACGGGGACGGUUUCUAUUAGAGGGCGCAAAGAUGAUCAUUGCUGGGGGAGGUGAGUUUCCUGAUACUGUUUCUUCCUUACGCAAAGUUCGAGGAAUAGGAGAUUAUACGGCAGGAGCAAUUGCCUCCAUAGCAUUCAAAGAGGUGGUGCCCGUGGUUGAUGGGAAUGUAAUAAGGGUUCUUGCCAGACUUAAGGCUAUUUCGGAUAAUCCAAAAGACCCAGUGACUAUGAAGAACUUUUGGAAACUAGCAGCUCAACUUGUUGAUCCUGGCCAGCCUGGGGAUUUCAACCAGUCUCUCAUGGAAUUAGGUGCUACUGUGUGCACUCCCUUGAACCCAACCUGCUCUUCAUGUCCUGUUUCAGUCCAAUGUCGUGCACUUUCAAUCUCCAAACAAGAUCGCUCAGUCCUGGUCACGAACUAUCCUGCAAAAGUGAUAAAGGCCAAACAAAGACAUGAUUUCUCAGCAGUUUGUGUUGUUAAAAUACUGAGAGGUGAAGAUAAACCUGAUGCAACCCAAUCUGAUGGUGAGUUUCUACUUGUAAAAAGACCUGAUGAAGGCCUGCUUGCUGGUCUAUGGGAGUUUCCUUCAGUUAUGAUGAACAAAGAAGCCAACAUAACCACUCGGAGAAAGGCUAUAGAUCAGUAUUUGAAACAAUCAUUCAAACUUGACCCCAAAAAGACUUGUAGCGUAGUUUUGAGAGAAGAUGUUGGAGGAUUUGUUCAUGUUUUUACUCACAUUCGCCUCCAGAUUUAUGUGGAGUUUUUGUCACUACAUCUUAAAGGUGGCAUGCAUGACUUGAUAAAGGAGCAAGACAUAGAGACCAGGCCAUGGAAACUUGUGGAUGAUAAGGUCCUAUCGAACUUGGGAUUGACAUCUGCAGUUAGGAAGGUAUACACCAUGGUUCAAAAGUUCAGGGAAAACAGGUUGUCUGCUACUAAUCCUGUUGCAGCAGGAAAAAGAAUCAAUCUCAAGAAACAUAGAUCCUCCUGAAUAAGAUCUUCUUCUGGUGGUGGAACUGCUUGGUCACGGUUCUGAACAAUGGAAAUUGUUUUGUCUUUUGUCUCUUCUUUCCCAUCCAUGGAAGAUUAUCUAUUGGCUGUGCAUGGUGCAAAUUCAAGUCAUUGGUUAACUAUUUAUUACUGAGAGAUUAUUGUUAUCUUUCAAUUUUGAAUACAAAGC